CCAUAUUGCUGCACUGCAGAACCUCCGCAGUGAACCACACCACUCACCAUGUCGUCUCCCCUCAUCCUUCUCCCCGGAGACGAAAUCCCAUCCGAAUACCUCCCGUCCAGCAGCUCCGCCCCAUUGCGACUCGGCCCGGGCCUCCGUCUACUUUCGCAACCACCCUCCUCCAAGCCCACCUCCUCCACUCCCAGCCAUGUCCUCACAGCCACACAAGCGGGGAUCUUCACAACAGACGCCAAAAAGAACGCGGUAUCGAUCCUCUCAUCGCCGAACCGGCGGUACAUCCCGGUCGUCAACGACCUCGUGAUCGCGCAAGUGCACCACUCCAGCCCGGAUUACUUCCACUGCAUGGUGACGCCGCAGGCACCGCACGUGGUGCUGGGCCAGCUGGCGUUCGAGGGCGCGACGAAGAAGACCCGUCCGAUGCUGAAGCAGGGCGAUCUGGUGUACGCGCGGGUGCUGUCCGUCGGGCUGGGCGCGGGCGCUGAGGUCGAAUUGACCUGUGUGAAUCCGGCGACCGGGAAGGCGGAACCUGGGGGUUUGGGGCAUCUGACGGGGGGCAUGGUGUUUGAUAUCUCGAACGGGAUGGCAGUGAGGCUGAUGAGGGCCAGUUCGGCGUCGGGGCAGCAGCAGCAGGAGGAUGGUGUCGCGGGUUUGGUGGUGUUGGAUGAACUGGGCAAGAAGUUGGAGAAGGUCGGUGGCUUUGAGAUCGCCGUGGGUAGGAAUGGGAAGGUUUGGGUGGAUUGCUCGAAUGGCGGGGAUGUUGCUGUUAAGGCGACGGUGGCGAUCGGUCGCUGCUUGACUACCAUUGAUCAGCAUGAUUUGGUGCCUGCUGAUCAGAAGAAGCUGGUGUCGAGGAUAUUACGAGAGAUGAAGAUCGAGGUUUAGAUGGGAUAUGGUGGGAUCGGAUGGGGUGGAUGGAUGCUUUCUCUUCUUGUUCAUUAUGUGGCAUCAGGCGUCAGUUGAUGAUUUUAGAGUAAUUAAAAGGUUAUGAA